AUGACCCUUACGACUGAAACGCAGACCAUCCCUGCCCAACGUCUGGUGUACCGCUCGUCCAUCUCGUUCUCCACCGCGGAAGCGCGGCUUCGCUCAUCAAUCCAGCCCGCGCCGAGCUCGUCCGCAGGCGGUAUACAACAGGACCAGGGUCAGGGUCAGAGCCAGCUACAGCAACGACCACUACCACCAACAGACCGAGCGACCUGGGAAGCGCGGAUCAAGACGCUGGUCGGCCCGCACGGGUUCAUGUACUUCCACGAAUUCGACCACGGGGCCUGGCUGCCUCUGUACGCGCCGCCGAGCGCAACCGUCGUUACGGCCAGUGGGGAGACCAGAAACCUGGAUUGUAAGAGAUUCAUUCUGGGGAAUCCGAUGAUCGCCAUCACGAUGCUCGAGCAUGAUCUCAACGCUGGGCUUUGUGUCCCCGUCGAGUUGUGUCUUGUGGAAGAGCCCGAGGGCGGCGUGAGGAUCGUGUGGUACAAGCCUGCGUCCUUGAUCGCGGGCUAUGAGCGUGUGAAGCAGGAGCUGGUGGGCGCAGCGGACGGGCUGAGUGGGAAGCUGGACGUGUUUGUCAGGUGGGUAUUGAGGGACGAGGGAAGUGAGGGAAGGCUGUGA